AUGGCGCCUCGCACGCGCGCAAAACGGGCGGCAGCAAAAAGCCCACCUGCUGAGGAGCCGCCAAAGCGCCGCAGGUCUGCGCGCACAGCUGCGCCUCCGCGGGUCGUAGACGAUAGCGACAGCGACGAUGCUCCCGAGGAGGUCUCGCUGGGGGGCGCGAAACAGGCAGCGCUCGCGACGGCGAAGCGGCAGCGCGAGGCGGCAGCCCACCAGCGGCGCGCAGUCCGCGAGGAGAACAAGCGCCGCACGACGCGCGUCCAGGAGCAGGCGCGCGCGGCGAAGCAGACCAAGAAGCGGGACUCCCGCCAGCGCGCCGAACCGGACGACGAGGAGGACGCCAGCGAGGACGAAGGCAUGGUGAAAUCGCUGCAGCGGACGGGGCUCGAGGCCAGCGGGCGCGACCUGCUCGACGAGCCCGACGGGGCCGCGGGGGGCGAGGAGGACGAGGAGGACGAGGAGGACUCCGAGGGCGAGGGCGCGCCGAUCGACUGGGAGGCGUUCCGGCGCGCGGGCGAGGACGACUCGGACGGGGACGACAUCCCAGACGAGGUGUUGAACGCGGUGGCGGAGCAGGCGCGGCGGGGCGAGCGGGAGCGGGAGGAGCGGCGGAGGGAGGAGGAGGCGGAGCGGCGGCGGGUGGCGGCGGAGGUGGCGCGGCGAGAGGCUGCGGCGGAGCGGAGGCGGCGGGGGCUGGUGGGCGGCGAGCGCGAGGUGGCGGGGAUCCGCGUGCGGGUGCUGGACGGCGGGCGGGCGGGGGCGGAGGAGGCGCGGGCGUCCGCGCAGGAGUUCUGGAAGGCGCGGAUGUUCGGGCCGGGGUCGGUGCGGCGCGGCGGGGACAGCGUGGCGCGCGCCAAGGCGGGCGGGAAGGCCGGGUUCGGGAAGAAGGUGACGGCCGCGCGGAAGAUGGGCCCGGCGCCGGUGUUCGUGCGCCGUGCGGGGCGCUGA